UUCGUUUAUCGGCUCGUUCGCUCGUGUGAAGAUCGUUUGAAUCGGCCCAGCGAUCGUUGAUCGCAGUGUCGUCGCCGCUUCCAAGACAGUGUUCCAAAAAAACAAAACUAUAAGAAACUAUACAUAUUUCACUAGAGUGUUUUAUUUAUAAAUCCGAUAUUUUUGGAUCCACAAAAAAAAAAAUUAGAAGUGUGUUGGCCAAGUGCGUGUGCGUUUGUGUCUGAAAAUGUCUUUGGCAAAAUUGUGAAACACACUUUCACACAGGACACAAAUCACAUUUAUUUCAACGAAAUAGAAAACAAAUACAAAUAUAAAUUUUAGACUUUGCAAUGCAAACAAUGAAACAAAAAUUAUGCACGCUUCUGGCGUCACUGCUGCUGCUCUGCUCCAUUGGCCCCCAACUGGCCAAUGGUCAGUAUGAGCAUUACCUGGACUCUCUGCAGUCCAAUCAGCUCUACGAGUUCGCCGAUGGCACCGAUGGCAGCAUUCAGUAUCUGCCCAAGGGCAACAGCGAGCAACUGUUGCUCCAAUUGGAUCAACCCAUCAAUUUCUAUGGCGAGAAAUACGAACAGAUCUAUAUCAACACGAAUGGCAUUUUGACAUUCAACGUCGAGUUCACCGAGUACUUGAAUCAGCCCUUCCCCCUCGAGUAUCCCUCGAUAGCGGCCUUCUACUCCAACGUGGACACCUCGAACAGCGGCGAUGAUAGCAGCAUCUCUCUCUUCCACACCAGAGAUUCAGCGACGUUGCAACGUGCCGAGCGUCUGGUGCAAUACGCAUACAGCGAGGAGCUCGAUUUUGCGGCCGAACAACUGAUUGUGGCCACAUGGCGCAAUGUGGGUUACUUCAACUCGAAGACGGACAGACUGAACACGUUCCAGGUGGCAUUGAUUGCCAGCGAGCAGCGCACCUUUGUGCAGUUCAUCUAUCCCGAGGGCGGUCUCAAUUGGUUGCAGGGCGAGGCCGGUGAGCUGGGAUUGCCCGACAUUCGCGCCCAGGCGGGUUUCAUAUCCGAAGACGGACGCUAUUUCAAUCUGAAUGGUUCGGGAUCAGAGAAUGCUCGCUACCUCAGUGAGAGCACCAAUCUGGGUGUGCCCGGUGUCUGGCUGUAUCGCGUGGCGCCACUCAAUCCCAGCGAGAAUGUGCAGGAACCCAACAAUCCCGAGACACGCACCGAAUCGCCUGCGCUCGCCCAGAGCUGCGGAGCCAGUGGACAUCAGUGUCACAGCAAUGCGCAGUGCUUCGACAAGUCCGAGGGUUAUUGUUGUGUCUGUUCAGCUGGAUACUAUGGCAAUGGACACACUUGUCUGGCCAAUGAUCAGCCCAUGCGUGUGGCUGGCUCGCUGUCCGGCCAGAUCAAUGGCCAGAAGGUGGAUGAAGAGGCCAAGCUGCAGUCGUAUGUGGUCACCUCCGAUGCUCGGACUUACACCACCAUCAACCCGUUGACCGAUGAGCUGGCUUCACAGCUGCGUCUGGCUUUGCCUCUGCUGACCACAGUGUCUUGGUUGUUUGCCAAGUCCAUCAAUGGGGCGGCGAAUGGUUAUCAGUUGACUGGAGGUCAGUACGAGCAUAGCUCCACUUUGCAGUUCGAUUCAGGUGAAUUGCUGCAGGUGAUUCAACGCUUUGAGGGUCUGAACUACUGGGAUCAGUUGGAUGUCAGCAUACUUCUUAACGGCACUGUGCCACGAAUCUCUUCGCAAACUAAGCUCCAUCUGCCCGACUACACGGAUGAGUAUCACUUCCUUCAUCCCGGGGAACUUUACUCGGUGCAAUCGCAUAAACUAGAACUGGUUGAGGAGCAGCGUGUGCUGGGCUUCCAGGUUCAUCAGCGCAUUAUCUACAAGAGUUGUUUGCGCGACGACGACUCCGAUCCCACGGACAGCACUGUGCUGCAGAAGGUCUCCAAGGUGACACUCGACUACUCGGAUCGCGAUCAGGCGCUGCGCACCAGCGCACUCAGCAAGAUUGGCGUCGAUGCCGAGUCGAAUGCUUGCAACGAUGGCUCCGCUCAGUGUGCCGAGAAUGCGGUGUGUGUCCCAUAUGAGGACACUUAUCGUUGUGAUUGUCAGCAUGGCUUUGCCGCUCAGCUCGAUGAACGUGUUGGCGAGAUCUGCGUGGACAUUGAUGAGUGUGCUCUGGGCACACACGUGUGCGAUGAGCAUGCUUUCUGUUCCAACAAUGAGGGAGGAUUUUCAUGUGUCUGCCUCGAGGGUUACGAGGGCAAUGGCUUUGGCUGUCUGCGCAACAACUCUGUCGAUAACUACGAGUACUCCACACCUCCAACUGAUUCUCAGGGCUAUGGCACCCAAGAGCCACAGCAACCUCAGCAGCCUUAUGAGCCACAGCAACCACAACAACCUUAUGAACCACAGCAACCACAACAACCUUAUGAGCCACAACAGCCUUAUGAACCACAGCAACCCUAUCCACCACAGCCUCAGCAACCGGACUACUCGCAACAGGGUUACCCACUGCCUGGAGAACACGUCGACUAUCCACCCAAUGAGGGCAACAACCAACAUCUCGAUGAAUGCCAGCGUUGCUCGCCGGAUGCGGAUUGCUAUUUGGGACGCUGUCGCUGCCGCGAAGGAUUCUCCGGUGAUGGAUACAGCUGUCAGCACAUCUGCGGCCACGAUGAAGUCUGGGAGCACGAACGUUGUGUGCCCAUUCUGCUGGAUGAUCACGAGAUUGAAUCGCAUUGCGACUUCUUGGGCACAUGCUCAUGUCCCGAGGGCUACGAGCUGAGUGAGGACAGCAAGAGUUGUCGCUACGGCGGUGUCUACGAUGUGGACAAGAACGAGGAGUUGGUGCCCUGCGAUGUGGAUUCCAGUUGCAACGAAAAUGCCAAGUGCUCGUGGUACGAACACGAGAUGCGACACAUUUGCACAUGCAAUGAAGGCUUCAGCGGCGAUGGCUACAACUGCGAACCGAUCGAGGAUUCCUGCGCCAUUCGACCUGAUAUCUGUGAUUCCCAUGCUGUGUGCAACUUCAAUGAGCAACUGGGCAAAUCGGAAUGCGUCUGCCAGCGUGGUUACACUGGCGAUGGCUAUCGUUGUCAGCUGGAACCCGAGUGCCAGGCAGCCGAACAUUGUGGCGAUAAUGCGUACUGCGAUGGCGGAGUUUGUCAGUGCCAUGACGGUUAUGAACGCGAUCCCAGCGAUCGAUGUGUGCCAGCUGGUCGUUGUGGCUCUGUGUUCUGUGGCUCGAAUGCCAUUUGCAAGUGGGAUCAUCAGCAGGAUGUGCAAUACUGUGACUGCAUCGAGGGAUAUCAGGGCGAUGCCUUGGCUGGCUGCACCAGCACUCCCACGCCUUGCAACGUGCGCAACAACUGCGGCAUUCAUGCCACCUGCGAGCCAACUGAGGAUCCUGCUAACUACACCUGCCAGUGCAAUGCGGGUUACCACGGCGAUGGUUAUGUCUGCAUCGAGGAGCAGAACUGCCUCAACAAUCCCACGCUGUGUGACAUGAAUGCCAAGUGCAUGUCCACCAACUCGGGACUCGUCUGUGUCUGCAAUCAAGGUUUCUAUGGCAAUGGCUCCGUGUGCUUUGAGCGUCAGCAACACGAGUCGGACUUCCUUCUCGUCAGUCAGGGCGUUGUCAUUGUGCGUGUGCCUCUCAAUGGCCGUGAUGCGCAUCCCAUUAGGGUGGCCUCUAUGGCCAUUGGUCUUGACAAGGAUUGUGUGGAGGGACGCGUCUACUGGGGCGACAUUUCAGCUAAGAAGAUUCUGAGUGCCAAAUACGAUGGCAGUGAUGAGCGUCCUUUCAUCACCACGGAUAUUGAAUCGCCUGAGGGCAUUGCUAUUGAUGUGAUCUCUCGUCGUCUUUACUGGACGGAUUCGGUGAAGGAUACCAUUGAGGUGGCCAGUCUGGAUAAUGCGACUCUGCGUGCUGUCAUCGUCAACAAGCAGCUGGUGAAUCCACGUGGCAUUGCCAUCGAUCCCUACAGAGAGAAACUCUUCUGGUCGGAUUGGGAUCGCUCUAACCCCAAGAUUGAGUUCUCCGACCUGGAUGGUACUGGCCGUGAACUGUUGCUGGGCUCCGAUGCCGUGACGCUGCCCAAUUCUCUGGUGGUGCUCGACCACAGCGGUGAGCUGUGCUUUGCGGAUGCUGGCACCAAGAAGGUGGAAUGCAUCAAUGCGGCCAAUCGUCAGAUUCGCACCAUUGCCCAGAAUCUGAGCUAUCCCUUCGGUCUGACCUUUACACACGAGCAAUUCUAUUGGACGGACUGGACAACCAAGAAACUGGAGAGCGUUGACGGUGCGGGAGUGCGUCAGAAGCCCAUUCAAACGGCCUCGUUUGGCAGCCACAAGAUGUACGGCAUGACCGCCGUAGUCCAGAACUGUCCUCAGUACCAGAGUCUCUGUCAGAUUAACAACGGCGGCUGCACCGAUGCCCGUCUGUGUUUGGUGAACAGGAAGUCGCCAUCCGGCAAGAGUUGCAAGUGCACCAACGCUUCGACUGGAUGUUCGGUCUCUUCGCCUUAUCCAUUUGCAACACAACGCAAAUGAAACAACACUUAAAAUAAUUAAAUCACAAAAAAAAAAGAAAACUAUAAAAUGCAAUGAAACGAAUAUUUUUGUAUACGCAUAACAGAGAGAUAACUAAGAACAACAGCAAACCAAAAAACAAAAGGAAACCAAAUAUUAAAUAUAUACUAAUGUCUGUGCCAUUUUUUGUAAAUCUACUCAACUUAAUAAAUCUCUAUA